AUGCUAUACGCUUUCGCUUUUCUGAUCCUGAUAAUCGUGAUCAUCUUGAUCUGGCUUGUCCGAGUUAUCGCUGCUAGCAAUCAACGACGAAAGGCUCGGAAAGACCCAUCCGCGCUUCCUUCUCAGAUACAGGACUUAAACCAUCGACCGACCUUAUCGGAAACCGCUCAGGAUGUGGCCGAUCGAAUGAGAACACAUCAUCGCCCUAGAGGAUCUGAUUCAUUCACACCAUAUCAAUCGAGAUAUUCGUAUGAGAGAUCGGACAGGGGAGCAGUGAAUAGAGUUAUGGGUGACAAUGCUAGUGUGACGAGUUUACCUGCUUAUGGUGCUGCGUCCCUACCGGUCCCACCAGCAGCGACUUACGAUCCAUCUCGAGCUCGAUCUGGUCCUUCACCGGUCGUUUUACUCACGUAUCCCGAUGCGCCUCCACCAAAGUAUACAGCAAGUACCACACAGCCUAGCGUGGUAGUAUGA